GCCAGCAAUUUCAGUCUCUCUGCUUUCUCAGCUCGAUAUUUUUAAUGGAGAGAGAGGGGGAGAGAGAGAGAGAGAGUAAAUGGGGUUCAUAAAGAGAGAAAUCCAGAAAGAGAGUCUAAGACAAACCCAAAAAACCACACAUUCCAACAUAUACGCAUGGAGUUUUGAUAGAUAGAUAGAGAGAGACAGUAUUGAAAUGGUUUUUGCAGAGAUAGAGGAAACAAACCCGAGGUCUUGAAUCUGUUCUCUCUGUUUUUUCACUGUUAAUCUCUGAUCUUUCUCAAACAUAUAUGAUAGUAAUGGCGGAUAUGUAUAAUAUCGCCUGUUCUUCGUCUUCCUCUCCUCCUGAACCCGACGAUAUCUCCCUCUUUCUUCACCAAUUCCUCCUCCGCUCAUCAUCAUCUUCCUCACCACCAUCUUCCUACUCUCUCAUGCCCCACAAGCCCAAUCCAAUGCACUCGUCUUCACCUUUUCACACUCUCCCAGAAAACCCAAACCGUUCGAUCCCGCCUUCUCUGCUUUCCGGGUCGGAACGCCGGGUCUCCGCCGUCGACUCCUCUUCCGGCGGCUUUUUCCCGGUGAAUGCCACGAAUGUGUCUUGUUCUUCAGCCGGAACACUUGACAAUGACCCCCCCGACGAGUACGAUUUCGAAAGCGAGGAGGGUUUUGAAGCUCUGGUUGGAGAUGUGCCGGCAAAGCCGGUUCCGCCUCGGACUCCGUCGAAGAGAAGCAGAGCAGCGGAAGCUCAUAACUUGUCUGAAAAGAGGAGGAGGAGUCGUAUUAAUGAGAAAUUGAAAGCGUUGCAGAAACUAAUUCCAAACUCCAACAAGACCGAUAAGGCAUCAAUGCUCGAUGAAGCCAUUGAUUACCUCAAACAACUUCAGCUUCAGGUGCAGAUGUUAACAAUGAGAAAUGGGUUCAGUCAAUAUCCAAUGUGCCAACCUGGAGUAUUGGAGCCAGCUCAACUCUCCCAGAUGAAAAUGGGCUUUUACGAAGGAAAUGAACUCCUGCAUAUGAAUGAGGCAGGCAUGCUCCCUGAAAACCAAGACGCCCCAACAAAUAGUCUCGUCAAUAUAUCCAACCAAAGCGCUAACUCUGCCCAGCCAUCUGUAGCUGCUUUUUCAAGUAUAAUCAAUUCUGAAACUUCAUUUGGAAUGGACUCAUCAAUCCAAGGUCAUCUUAGACCCUUUCAGCUCCACACAUCAUCUGAAGAAAAUUGCAGGGAGGACAUAAUACAUCAUCAGCAAGAAAAUGUGGAUCAUUCUGAUACAAAAUUUUUAGGGCAAGAAUUGCUGAAAGAAUUUCAAGCGGGAGCCAAAGGAACAGUAUCAAUUCACUAUGAUACACAAGCAUCUGAGGCCAAAACAGAGCCCUGGAAGCAUGCACCAUAGGAACAGAGAGACGACAAAGUAUGCACUUAUGAAAUCUGGAUUGUGACUCAAUUCUUGUGCCCCGUUUGGAUGAGUAAAUAUACUUUCUGCAAAAGGGUGUUAUUCGGUUCAUGCUUUUCACUAGCAUCGGCAUGCACAGAUGAAGAAGUCCACCUAAGGGUGACAAAUCAAGACUGAAAGACUGAACUCGUGAGAUUUGCUGGCCUUCAAUUUAUACUAUCAACCUUUUGAAGGCACUUGUACAUUUUUGUUGUAUUCUUGCCUAGGAGAGUUUCAAACAUUAAGCUAAUGUGUAUUCCAAUGCCUUCAAAUGCACCCAAAAAAAAUGCCUGCAAAUUGAGAUGUGACUAGACAAAUGGCACUUGGCCAAGGCCUGUAAUGUAUGUUGAAGAAAUUCUAAAUUCUAACUCAAAUUCAAAGAAAAUAGAAAUAUUAUUUCAGAUGACA